AUGAUUCCUGAGGUGCGAUAUAUAGUUUUUAAGGCGGCAAUUUAUGAAGAUGAGCUUGAUAGCCCAAUUCGUGUUGCCCGUGCCUCAAAAUUAAGAGUUGGCUCAUAUAAUAAACAAUUAGUUCAGAGUUUAUGUUACUAUAACGGAUUGAAGAUAACUGAGAAAGAUGAUUAUGUUCUGUACUGGGGAAGCUCUCCGGAUUCUGAUAAGAUAUCACCUUAUUGCUGUUUUCAAAAGAUAAACCAUUUUCCAAAUUCAAAAAAUACAAUAGGCAAUAAAGCUGAGUUCGCAAAGAUCAUUCAGACACACCCAUUAAUCGCAAAGUUUCCAAAUUUAUUCCCAAAAUCAUACAUUUAUCCGGAAGAUAAUAAAAAUUUAUACCAGAGGAUGAAAAGUCAUCCAUCAAUGCAAUUCAUUUCAAAGCCACCUCGCGGCAGUGGCGGAAAUGGCAUCAAAAUCAUUACUUUCAAAGAUUAUUAUUCAAUUAAGCAAGGAUCUGUUGUUUCUGACUACAUUGCUCGACCAUUGCUUAUUGAUGGCUUCAAAUUCGAUCUCAGGAUAUACGUUCUUGUUACUUCUUUUUGUCCAUUACGAGCUUUUGUUUACAAAGACGGUCUUGCAAGAUUCGCAACAGAAACAUAUACAAAAGGCAAAGAUUGUCUAUUUGCUGCCUUAACAAAUGCUACACUUAAUAAGAAAGGCUACAAUUAUUGUGAUGAAUUCAAAUGGAAGCUCACAGAGCUUGUUGCUGAACUUGAAAAGCGCUGGGGAAGGUCUCCAUCUGAAACCAUGAAAGAUAUUUAUACAGUUGUUGCCAAAACCUUAACAUCAAUUCAAUCUACGAUGACAACUACAGAUGCAGACGGAAUUCAUGACAAUUACUUCGAGAUUUACGGUUUUGACAUACUUAUUGACAGGGAAUUCCACAUGUGGCUCCUUGAAGUCAAUACAUUUCCUUGUUUAGGAACAACGGAAGAGUCAGACUACGAAGUCAAAGGUCCCAUGAUCGCCAAUGCACUCAGUAUUGUCGGAAUUCCUGAUCUAAGUCUCUCAGAAUUACGUUCUAUUGAAGCCAAAAUUGAUCCAUCUCAAAUUGACUUGGACCAGCUUCAAGCACAGAAGGUCAAAGCCGAAGAUGAGCGAAAUAGACAGUCUGGUAAUGGUUUUGUCCGUAUAUUCCCUUCAGAACUGACAGCUCCACUUGAAGAAUACUUAUUAAAACCACUUGGAUGCACUUUGAGUAGGUUAUCCCAACAGAUUAUUAGUAACAAUGCACAGCAGAUCGGAGAAUCACUCACAGGAUCACAAGGAAUGGUCAUUCUUAUGCAUGUUUUGACAAAAAUUGAAGCAAUGAUGAGAAGAGUAUCAGAUCCACGACUUUUAGCGCGUAUACAAUGUUUCCUUGUUGCACAGGGAUACACAACGCCACGUGGAACUUCAAAUACUAGAGCUUUAUUGAGACAUUAUAUUGAUAAGUUGAAUAACUGGAUUUCUGUAUCAACAGAAGAUUUUGUUGUUCAACCUGACACAAGAAAGAGGAUUCUUUCACUUGAAGAUGCUGAUUUGGCUGAUGUUUUGGAGAGUUCUCAAAUGAAACUCGUUAAAAAUGUUAGAUUAUUGUUCCCAUAA